UCAAAAUGGCGGAAACAGGUGGGAAAAAAGGCAAGAAGAAAAAGGGGAAAACUUUGAACUUGUUGGAGUUCUUGAACGAUAACCAGACGUCUGCUGUAUCACUUGGACCGGUUUUAAAAUCUACCUCUAGUUGGGCAGACGAGAGUGAGGAUCUCGCUACAGAUGUUGAUAACAGAUGGCAGGACGACUCCUAUGGAAGCAGUUCAGCAAAACGCCAAAUGAAUUUGGCUGCCCUUCCUACAGCGCCAAGAGCAUCCCUUGAAACACAGAUUGACUACAGUAAAAUACCGGAGCAUCCACCAUUCACUGCCUUUCUUGGAAAUUUGCCAUACGAUAUAGAAAAAGAAGAUAUAUUGGCUUUCUUCAGUGACAUCAAGAUAACAGAAGUCCGAUUACCUCAGGAUUCAGGCGGUGGCAGAGCAAAAGGCUUUGGGUAUGCAGAGUUUGCUGAUAAGGAAUCGCUUGUCCAAGCACUAUCAAUGAACAAUGAGACAUUACAAGCGAGGAAAAUAAGAAUUGACAUAGCAGGACAGAAUCAAGGAGGUGAUAGAGACAGAAGUGAUAAAGAUGAUGGUCCAGAUAUGACAAUGGGUGACUGGAGAGCACAGCCUGAUGAACCCUCGUCAAGGUCUGGUAGUCGUUAUGGCUCAAGUAAUGGUUACCAAGACCGCUAUUCCAGGGACAGAAGAGAUGAUGGAUGGGGAAGAGACAGUGACAGGGGUCGUUAUCAUGAUUAUGAUGAUCGACGUUAUCCAGAUUCCUUAGAUGAACGAAGACCAAGAAAUCACUAUAACUCUAAUCAUUAUGGAGAUCAGUAUGACAACUAUCGGCCUGGACGUAGUUAUCAAAGAGAUAGUUGGGGCAGUAGAUAUAACGAGAGAGACAGAAGGGAUGGUCAUGGUGGAGGGGAUAUGAAUGAUCCAUAUGCUGGAGCAGAGUUCACAAGAGAUCAAGCCCGCCCACCAGUAGCUAAAGCACCAUCUAGUCAAAAUGGGGAUAGUCAGAAUGACCGAGAAGAUAGAGGUGACCAGGAUGAUGGAGGCAGUAGAGGAUAUGGUGACAGAGACAGGGGAUAUGGUGAUAGAGACAGGGGAUAUGGAGACRGGGGAUAUGGAGACAGGGACAGGGGAUAUGGAGACAGGAGCAGGGGAUAUGGUGAUAGAGACAGGGGUUAUAACGAUAGAGGCAGGGGAUAUGGUGAUAGAGACAGGGGUUAUGGUGAUAGAGACAGAGGAUAUGGUGAUAGAGACAGGGGAUAUGGCGAUAGAGAUAGGGGUUAUGGUGAUAGAGACAGAGGUUAUGGUGAUAGAGACAGAGGAUAUGGUGAUAGAGACAGGGGUUAUGGUGAUAGAGACAGAGGAUAUGGUGAUCGGGACAGACGGUAUGGUGAUCGCGACAGGGGGUAUGGUGAUCGUGAUAGAGAUUUUGGUGACAGAGAUGGUUACAGGCGUGAAUAUGGAAGCAGAGGAGAUGAAGAUGAUCAUGAAUCAGCGAAAGAAAGACCCAGGCUACAGCUUAAACCAAGAACCAAGCCAGUAGAAGAAGUAAAGCCAGUUCCAGCAGAAUCUCGAAGUUCUAUAUUUGGAGGUGCCAAACCAGUAGACACUACAGCAAAAGAAAAGGAAAUUGAAGAAAAACUUGAAAAGCUAAAAGUUGAAGUUGAUCUAAAAAAAGAAAAAGAACGUGAUGGUACAUAUGCUAGAGGAGAAUAUAGAAGCCGUAGAGACAGUGGACGAUCAAGUGAAGGGGAAUCCCGUAGCCGUAAAGAUAGCAGUAGGUCAAAUGAAGAUGAGGGGCCAGCAAGUAAUCGUGGGCGUAGGGACAGUGAAAAAUCAUUAGAAAAAUCAUUAGAAAAAGAAAAAACACCAACAAGCAAGGAGAGUCCACAUGAUGCUCCUCUUCCUCCUCCUGUUAAUGUUUGGAAACAAAGAAUGGAUGCCCAGAAAGCAGGUACAACAAAUGAUCAACCAAAAGAAGAAUCCACUGCUCAAUCCAAUGCUGAAAAACCAGUUAUUGAAAAGACAGCAGAGAAGAAGCCCAUAAGCUCAAAUGCACCAAYGUCUCCUGUUGGAAGAGGAUCUAAUCCCAAACAACAUAUGCGAGGCAGUGAAAGAGGUGCUGCUAGAGGACGAGGCAGAGGAAGAGGAGAACAUCACAGCAGAACACAUGAUGCUGGGGAUGGAAGAAAUAAAGAAGAAAAGAAGGAAAGAAAAGAGAAAAGAGCACCAGAAUUAAAGAAAAUUGAAGACCAACCUCCRGUGUUUCAUCAAACCAGCAAGUUUUCACUCUUGAUGGAUGAAGAUGAUGAAGAAGACGAAAAUGAAAGUGCUGAAACUUAAUACAAUCAGCUAUAAAUGAUUAAUAAUAAUAAAUACUUUUGGAAGUCAURUUCCCAAAGUUGUAUCAGCCACUUCUACACCUGUCAGUUUGACUGGCCACCAUGAUUGUAAUGGAAAACUGGAACAAACUUUUAAUGUUUAUCAAAUUCCUAUUUUAUUCUGACUUUUGCUUGUGAUUUUCUUAAAUUAUAGGAAUUCAAUCGAUCRAUUAAAGAAUUUACAUUGUCGUAGUAAGACUGAAUGCAAAGUAUCAUGGUCUGAGGUCGAACACUCGUUACAUAUAUUAUCAUCAUCCAAUCAUUUAUUUGCCAACACUUUAUUUGUUUCUUAUCAAUUGAAUUUCCUUUUUUUCUGUAAAGAAAGCAAUUCUUGGUUGUAACUAUAUCAAUCAUGGUAGUGUACAGUUACCUAAAGAUUUUUUCGUUUAGUUAUGUACACCAUUAUGGCUGCUAUGUUUUUGAGCUUCAGUUCCUGUAGGAAUGAUUGGAAUUAACCAAGAAURAUUAUUAUUGUAGUUUCCUAAAGCUGCUAUGCUUCUUUCAUUGGAUAUUAUUUUAUGCAAUAAAAUGAAUUAUUGGUCUA